AUGACAGCCGGACUUGCGGAGUUCACCCCCUUCCACAGCUUGGCCGGUGGGCUGAUGAUGGCCGCGUCUCUGCACACCUUGCUCUCCAAGUUGGGACUGGUGCUGGGCAUCUCGGGCUUCUUUCAUUCCACCGUCUCCUCGACCUGGAAUGCCAUUACCGGCUCAUCUCGCAACGCGACGCCCACCACACCGUCUGCAGCGCCAUCUUCCAUCUUCCCACUGGUCGCACGCUACUUUACCACUGGCAUCUUGCUCGGCGGUGUCGUGUUGGGCUUGACACGUUCCCGCGUCGAAGCAGGGCUGGGUGUCUCGAUUCUGGACGACGUUAGCAGCUCGAGCCACGCCUCGCUGCUGUCCAUAGUCGGACUCGGCGCGCUCGUCGGACUCGGAACCAAGCUCGGCAGCGGCUGCACAUCGGGGCACUUCCUCUGUGGACUCUCGCGCUUCUCGCUCAGGUCGCUCGUCGCCACUGCCACGUUCUUUGGCGUGGCUGUACUCACCCAUGUAUCAAUUGCUUCCAAAGCCGCCGUCUCGGCCGCCGCCAUUCGCUCCAGCUUCUUCAGCCAUCUGCCCACCACCUUCCCUCAACCAGACUUCACCACACUGCUCGCCCUUCAAACUCCCGCGUUGGUCUACAUGACCGCGCCCGAGAUGCUCGGUGUCGCGGAUCCCUCUGCCAGCUCGGAACCGAACAAGAAGAAGAAUCAGCUUCUCGCAGCAAAGAUCAUGUCUCUUGCCGUGGGCGUUCACUUCAGCUUCGCGCUCGGGAUCAGCGGCAUGAUGAGACCCUCGAAGGUUCUAGGUUUCUUGUCCCUGUCGCCUCGCCUCAUCUCGUCCGGUGCUUGGGAUCCCUCGCUUGCCAUGGUAGCCAUUGGAGGCAUUAUCCCUGCCUCCGUCGCCUACUUCCGACACGUCAAGCCCAAGCAAGAUGAGCUGCGUCGACGCAGUGCUGCUGCUUCCAACUCGAAGAAAGAUGCCAAGGUGGAUGCGCAGCUACAGCCGGCUUUGUCGCUCGUUGCGCCCGAAUGGCGAACUCCCGCUAAUCCUUCAAAGAUCGAUGUAAAGCUCGUCGUCGGUUCCGUGCUGUUUGGCCUCGGAUGGGGAGCGACUGGCCUGUGCCCGGGCCCAGCGCUGGCGUCGUUGUCGUCCCUGGCAACUCAGGCUUUCACACAAGGAAGCUUUGCAGGCGUCACAGACAUUCUCGCCUUUGUCGCAGCCAUGGCGGUGGGUGGACAAGUGGCUGGCUUGCUCUGA